AUGGUGAAGAGAGGACUAGACAAAGUUGAGGUUUUGGGAUAUAUCGAUGACGAGCCCAAGUUCAAGCCCUCCCACACUACAGUUGCGGACCUAUUUAAUAAGGAAGCACUCGAGUUUGUAGUGCUAUUACAUAGGACUUUUAAUGAGAGACGCAAGGCGUUACUUGAGAAUCGUGUGAAGUUUCAGGAAAAACUGGCUUCUGGUGAAGCGGUCUUCGACUUUCUACCAGAGACAAAGUUUAUUAGGGAAGAUCCAACGUGGAAGGGUCCUCCUUUGGCCCCUGGACUUAUUGACCGUUCGACGGAGAUCACCGGACCUCCACUCCGUAAUAUGCUGGUCAAUGCGUUGAACGCGGCUAAUGUCAACACCUACAUGUGCGACCUGGAGGACUCUCUAGCGCCUACAUGGCAAAACAUCACGUGGGGCCAAGUGAACCUUUACGAUGCUAUUAGGGAUCAGAUUAAUUUUUCAACUCCGCAGAAGUCUUAUAAUCUAAGAGAUAAAGUGGCUAAGUUGCCCACAUUGAUUUUGCGUCCUCGUGGUUGGCAUAUGGUUGAUAGCCAUAUUGUCGUUGAUGGGGAGCCUAUCAGCGCAUCGCUGCUUGAUUUUGGUAUUUACUUCUUCCACAACGCGGUCAAACUAGUGGAAAUCGGUAAAGGACCAUACUUCUAUCUACCUAAAAUGGAGCACCAUCUGGAGGCCCGUUUGUGGAACGAUGUGUUUAACGUGGCUCAAGAUUACAUAGGGAUGCGGCGCGGAACCGUGCGCGCUACUGUGCUCAUCGAAACCCUGCCAGCGGCCUUUCAGAUGGACGAGAUUAUCUGGCAACUGCGUGACCACUCCUCCGGUCUCAACUGUGGUCGGUGGGACUACAUUUUCAGCACUAUCAAAACCCUAGGUAGAACUCCGGGCCAUAUUCUUCCUGACCGUGACCAAGUGACUAUGACUUCCCCCUUCAUGGAUGCUUACGUCAAACUUCUGAUCCGUACCUGUCACUCACGGGGCGUCCACGCCAUGGGUGGUAUGGCAGCUCAGAUCCCAAUAAAGGAUGAUCCUGUCGCAAACGCACAGGUCUUGGCAAAGGUCAGGAACGAUAAACUCCGCGAAUUGAACAACGGGCACGACGGGUCCUGGAUCGCCCAUCCUGCUCUGGCCUCCAUCUGUAGCGAGGUGUUCGAAAACAUGGGUACGCCCAACCAGAUUCACUACAUCCCGGACGUCAAGAUCACUGCUGCAGACCUCACAAACACCAAAAUCGAGGGCGGAAAGGUCACACAGGCUGGCGUAGAGAAAAAUAUCGACGUGGCCCUCCUCUACAUGGAAGCAUGGAUCAAGGGUAACGGCUGUGUCCCAAUCAACUUCCUCAUGGAAGACGCUGCAACAGCAGAAGUCUCCCGUUGUCAAAUAAAUCAAUGGGUCAGUGCAGGUGUUAUACUCGACGAUACAGGAAAGAAGCUAACCCCAGAAUAUAUAAGGCAACUGUUACACCAAAGGAUCGACGCCUUGGCACGCCAAACCCCUUCAAACAAGCUAUCAAUUGCAGCGUCAUACCUGGAGCCAGAAAUUACAGGGGAGCGCUGCUCGCCAUUCCUAACAACCCUUAUCUACGAAGAGGUUGUUACCUUAAGAAGGCGCGGCCAAGAUUUCAAGCUCUAG